AUGGAGCACUCGAAUGGCAGUGGCAAGCCCGGUUCAGACCAGUCCGAGUCACCUCACCCACAGUCCUCGGCGAUGACUGCCUCAUCAGAGGGCAGGAGCAGCAAAAGGAAGCUGUAUGCCAUCGAUGAGCGCGAGGAGAGCUCGCCGGUGACUGUGGGCAAGGUGGAGACCGAUCUGGCCUACGAUGCGGAUGUGGACGAGCUGGAGCAGCCGUCGGCCGAGCGCGAGAUCAUCUACGAGCUGUUCCAGCCGUGGGCCCUCAGCACGUAUGGCGAUCAGGCCAAGACCAAGACGAUAACACUGCGCAAGAAGGCGCGAAUUCUUAAGGCACUCGAGGGCAAGGAGCACAGUCGCCCCGACAGCUCCAAGUUCCGCUUUUGGGUCAAGACAAAGGGCUUUACCACCAAUCGACCUGAGGGCUUUGAAGAGGCUCCAGGCAGUCGACGCUGCCUGAAACUUCUUCCUAGCUCGGCCAUCUUGUCGGAUAAUCCCGGUGAUGUGGACCUAUUUGCCGCAUCCACCAGCAAGGGAUUCGGUCGACGAACCUACCGCAAGGUGGCCUGUGUGGAGGAGUUCUUUGACAUCAUCUACAAUGUGCACAUGGAACUGGGAGGUCGCAGUGGCAUGCACGCGGGUCAAAAGCGCACCUACCGCAUUAUCACUGAAACCUACGCGUUCUUGCCCCGUGAGGCGGUCACCCGCUUCCUGACCAUUUGUCCCGAGUGCAAGAAGAACCUACGCCCCUCCUCACCAUCGGGGGGCGGAAAGGACUCCGACCUGGCCGGCAACGAGAGCUCCUCCGAAGUGGAGAACUACCUCAAUUAUUCAUCGCACACGGAGAGCUCGCUGGAGGCGGGGCCAACGGCCAAGCGCCGUCGGCACUCGAGCGCCGAAAUCAAGGCCUCCAUGGCCAGUGGCUUGGCUGUGGGUGCGGGUGCGGGAAUUGCCAGCAGCACGAGUGCCACUCAGCUGGAUGUCCUGUGGACUGGACUGCCCCAGAGCCGAAGCCCCAAGCCACCGCAGGCGGCAGAGGCGGCUGUUGAAACCACACCUGUUAGCGUGCCCAAAAUCCGGAUCAAGUCUCAGUUGCAACGUCCGCCGAGUCCGCCAGAUCAUUCCCCUGCUGACCCGAAAAGCUGUCCCCAACCCCAGUCCCAAACUCAGUCCCAAAUCCAGUCCCAGUGCCAAUCCCAAUCCCAAUCGCAAUCGCAGUCACAGUCGCAAUCCCAAUCCCAGCCAAGUGGCCAAUGCUUUGAUGCACAGCUGCUGAAGUCGCGGGAUAAUCUGCUGCGAUACUAUCACUUCAUGAGGCGCUUCUAUGCCGGCGAACCGGUUUUAGCACCGCCCAUCUACGGCAGCAGCCUGCUGCAGAGCCUCAGCUAUCCAACCACCAUCUCAACCGCCACGGCCACACCAACCCCUACGACCCCUACCCCUACCACCACUACCGCAGCCCCUGGCAAGAUGCUGGCCCCUCCCAAGGCCGCAACUCCGCCACCCAAUCCUCCGAUGAUCAAGACCUCUCCGGAUAGCUUGUUGCGCGCUCGCACUCCUCCCGUGGCUUCAACAGCCACCUCCGCCGCACGCAAGGAUACCGCUCACACUCCGAUCAAUCUAACGAAAUCUAUAUUUUCCAGCCUGAAAACCGGACAUGCACCAUCCACAUCGACCCCUGUUCCACUCAAGCUGGAACUGCCCAGUCCACCGAAGCCAUUGCCGGAACUACGCAUUCCCCAGCUGCGCGGCAUGCCGCCUGUGGAGCUAUCCUUGCCGCUGCCGCCCUUGGAUUUGGAGCGACUGAAGCCCAUCACCUCCACGUACUUGCAGUUGACACGCAGCAUGGGACUCAGCGAUGAGGAUGCCUUGCGGUUCGACAAUCUGGAAACCAUUCCGGCAACACCGGUUGUGAGCACCGACACAGCCAGCGUGGUUGGUGUGGGCGUAGGCGGCCUCGGUGGAGGAGGGGCGGCAGCUGGCGCAGGAGGCGGAGCAGGUGGCACUGGCGGACUGCUGGGCGAUGUGGUCAGUGGACUGGGCGGCGGCCUCGUCAACGAAUCCGAAGCCUAUGCCGGCCUGAUGAAGGAUGCGGACAAGCUGAAGCUGAUGCUACUGGCCUGGAACUACCAGAACUCGACGGCGGUGCGAAAUGGAACCGAGGGCCCCGAUCUGAGUGUGGUGGGUGGUCUGUGGGCGCAGUACCAGAACGCUCUGGCCCAAAACGCGGCAGCUGCGGCGGCGGCCAGUGGCAAGAUGGACAGUUCGCUGUCGCCGGUGCCGCGCCAGGAUGCCCACUCGCCCAUGGAGACGCAGGACGAGACUAACUCCUCCGGCCAGAAGGAGGAGGACGAGGUCUCCGAGGAUGACUCCGAUGACAAGCUGGACGAGAAACUGGCCACCACACACGAUCCCGAGCGGCUCAAAGCCUUCAAUAUGUUUGUGCGGCUGUUUGUUGAUGAGAAUCUCGAUCGCAUCAUUCCCAUCUCGAAGCAGCCCAAGGAGAAGAUUCAGGCCAUCAUCGACUCUUGUGCCCGACAGUUCCCGGAGUUCAGCGACCGAUCCCGCAAACGCAUCCGCACCUAUCUGAAGUCGUGUCGGCGCAACAAGAAGACUCGCGACGGAUGGGAGAAUACGACCCGACCCACUCCCGCUCAUCUGACAUCCGUGCAGGCGGAGCAAAUCCUGGCCAUCGCCUGCGAGAACGAAUCCAUGAACGCCAAACGAAUGCGCAUCGGCCUGGAGCCCAUCACGCACGCGGUUCCCGCUCCUGGAAGUGCGGUUGCUGCAGCAGCAGCAGCGGCUGCGGCCGCAGCUGUAGUGGCUGCCACAAGUUCCACGGCCGGCGGGACCAGCACCACGGCCGCCGGCAAUGCCACUGCUACCUGCGGCAUGGGCGGCGUGGGGGAUGCCACCGGACUGACCAGCGCGGCAGCCGCAGCUCUUCCGUUCGUCAGCGCCGUCGGCUUCGCCCGCUCCACGCCGAACUCGGAGCACGCGGAUGUGCUGCCCUUUGGUGGGGCGGGCACCGCGGGUGGCAGUGGAGGCGGUGGCGCCGCCGGUGGAGGCGGGGGCGGUAUGAGCUCGGCGCGCAGCUCUCCCCUGGCCCUCAGCUCGAAUGCCAGCGUUAGUGGCGGUGCCAGUGUCACCGGAUUGACCCUCGCCAAUGGAGCAGGCGCCUCCAACGGAGCUGGUCUCCCUGCCAGCAGUCCGUACACCACGGACUUCAGUUCCCCCUCGACGGCCUCACCUUUUGUCGCGGCAGCUGCAGCCGUGGCCGCCGGCAGAGCCCCCAGCUAUCCCGGAUAUUUCCCCGCAGUGGCUGGCCUGGGAAAUGUUACGCCCACCGAUCUCUCGAUGAAACCGACCAGCGGCCUUGGCGGCAACAUGGUCAGCAACAACAACAGCAACAGCUCCGUGACCGGCAACAUCAACUCGCAGCUGAGCGCCGCCAAUCUGGCCAGCCUGAGCAAUGCGAGCAACAACAACGCACUGGUGACCGCCACCCAGCAGUUGCAGCAGCUGCAGCAGCAACAGCAGCAGCAACAGCAGCAGCAGCAACAACAGCAGCAACAACAACUGCUGGUGGCCGGCGGCGGCGGCAUGGACGGCCAGUCCGUUCGAGCGCCGCCCAUCCUGCCGCACAAACUGAGCGCCAACGAGGUGACGGCCGCCCGGCAGGUGAUAUCCGCUUACCGCGAAAGCGCCGCCUUCCUGCUCCGCACCGCCGACCAGGUGGAGCAGCUGCUCGUCCAGCAGCAGUAGGCGUGGCCGAAGGGGCGAGGGGAGUUGUUCCUAUUUUAAAUUAAAUUUAAAAUGAAUUACACACACUGCAAACGAAAGAAUCACACACAAAAGCCAAACUAAGCGAAAAUAGUCAAACCAUAUAGCGCAAAACACAGAGACGACUAACACUUUCUCACAGGAUGCAAGGCAGAUCCAUAUGUAGUUAAAGAAGUUCGUUCAAACAAAACAUUUUAAGUGUUUUUUCCUCCAACUACGUACAGCAUAUUUAAAAUAGAACUUAACGAUAAACAAAAACCAAAAGAAAUAUUGCAAAUAUCACAACAGUAAAAUAGUAGAGCUGCUUGGUACUGAGCUCAAUUCGAUAUUUUCCCAGCAUUCAACUUCGGUUUCCAUAGACAUUAAAGCAUAUCCACUCUAGGAAUGGUUUCAGUAGAUUCUCUUAAACUUCCAUUCGACUUUUCUAUUUGAACUAAUUCCUUAAAUGCGACUAAGAUUAGAUGCAUUUCAGAUACCAACGCGGCUCUAAUAAAAUAAAGCCAAGCAGCAGUUCAACGUACUACAGUGUCUACUAAAAGUAAACCUACAAUAGCCAUACACAAACACUCGCAUUCAUUUUGUUCAACUUUUAUUAUCGCAUUUUUUUGGACUUUCAUCCUUUGGAUAGCCGCAGAUUCUGGGCCGGUUUUUAAGAUGCGCGAUUUGUUGAAAAAUUUAAAUAUGAUAAAUAAGUUAAAGUAUUGUUGUAAAUUUUAAGAAAAUGGAAAAAGAAGAAAAACAAAACAAAACAAAAAAAAUCGUAAAACUAUGAGAAAACACAGGGUGAUACUUUGAGAAAUUAUUACAAUGCAUAAGCUAAAAAUUAAUUAAUGAAAAUGUAAAAAAAAUUUAUGGAAAUGAGGUAAGGCAUAGAUGUUGGUAAAUGUGUAUUUAAAGUUUAGAAAUUACAUUUGUAUACUGUUCCAGGAUUAAUUGUUCUCGAUUACCAUCAUCUGAGUUUUUAUCUUAUUUCAUUUUUAUUAGGUGUAUAUAAUUUUAAAGUUUUUAUUCUGAGACAUUUAAGUUUAACUGUUGCUUUUUACUCACCUUCGAUUAUUGAAUAGAUACGGAAUAAAAUAUUUAAAUACAAAAUAGCAUUUCAUGUUUUUUGCAAAUAUAAAUGUGCAUGUUAAAAUAAGAAACACUUACACAAACUCAUAGAAACACAUAGAACAUUGGUAUGUAUGAGUGUGCAGAACGACAUGGAGAUCCGCUAUGCAAGGCAAAUUAUAGAAUUUAAUUAUAAAAAUUAAUUGCUAAAAUUAUUUAACCACAAAUAAUUAUGACUAAACCAACAUAAAUACUCCAAACGAAAUUGAUGACUUGCAGGAGAAAUAUUUAUACGGAAUACUUAAAUAUAAUGUAAUGUGUGGCAUUUGCAUUGAAGAGUAAACUAAUUAAACUAACACGAGGGCAACACAAAU